UUCUGUUGCAGAUAAAAGCAGACCUCCUACUGCUUGUCCAGCUGCCUCCACAAGGACCUGACCUAAAGCCGCAGAAGAAUGCAAGCCAACGUGCGCGCUUGUAAGCAGUGCAAAGCCGGAACGUGACAAAGCGCAAUCGUUUCCUUGCUGAAAGUUCAAGGGAUUGGCUUUGUUUUCCUCAUCUGGGUGGAUGGGAGGGUGAGGACAGAACCAAUGAGGGGAGGGAUACACGUGAGGGGAACAUUGGGACUAGUAGUGUUGUCUCUCACUAAUACAGAUGUAGAAACCCUCGACUUGGGGACAGAUAUUUGACAGAGUGUGUUUGAUUUUUGGUGAGAACGCAGGACAUUACUAGACCAUAAAAACAGCGCACGAAAUGUUCAAGUCAGUCAACAGAAGGGACGGUGGCCAGAAGGAGCAGGAGGAGGCGGUGCAGCUGCGGAGGGAGAUAGGCCUCCUGUCGGCCACAUCCCUCAUCAUCGGGACAGUGGUGGGCAGUGGCAUCUUCAUCGCACCUAAAGGAGUCCUGAUGAACAGUGGCAGCGUGGGUCUGUCCCUGCUGGUGUGGGCUCUGUGUGGAGUUCUGUCGCUGUUUGGAGCUUUGUGUUUCGCAGAACUUGGCACCAGUUUUACUAAAUCAGGAGGUCAGUACACGUAUCUGCUGGAGAUCUUUGGGCCUCUGCCUGCUUUUGUAAGACUGUGGGUUGACUUUAUGUUCAUCAGGCCUUCGGUGACAGGGUACGUGUCCUUGGCUUUUGGCAGCUACAUGGUGGAGCCAUUCUUUACUCCCUGCGCUGCCCCCGCUGCUUUAGUCAAACUCGUUAGCAUCCUUGGAGUCACUUUAAUUGUCACCAUCAACUGCUGGAGUGUAACCGUGGCUUCUCGCACCCAGAUCGUUCUGACUUUUGUGAAGUUGUUUGCUCUGGUUAUGAUCAUCAUCCCUGGAGUCAUCGCGUUAAGCCGAGGACAGACAGAAAAUUUCCAGAAUGGUUUCGAGGUGGAGUCACUGACACUGGACAGGUUGCCCUUGGCCUUCUAUAACGGUCUAUAUGCCUACGGUGGAUGGUUUUAUCUGAACUGUGUCACAGAAGAAGUCAUUAAUCCAAACAGAAACAUACCGCUAGCCAUAGCCCUGUCCAUGGUGAUGGUGACGAUCCUGUACGUGCUCACCAACGUGGCCUACUACACCAUGAUGACUCCUGCUGAGCUGCUCAUGUCUGACGCGGUGGCUGUGACUUUUGCUAACAGAGCUAUCCAGACCUUUGCGCCUGUGGUUCCUCUUCUUGUGGCCCUGUCGUGUCUAGGAGCGCUCAAUGGUGGCAUUUUCGGAUCACCCAGGAUGCUGUUUGUAGGAGGCAGAGACAAUCUAUGGCCGCGGAUCUUUUCCAUGAUUCACAUCCGUAGACGAACACCUCUGCCUGCUGUGAUGCUACAGUAUCCUCUGACAGUUGUGAUGAUACUGAGCGGAGAAAUCUACCAGCUUGUGAACUUCGCCUCCUUUUCCCGCUGGCUCUUCAUCGCCUUAGCAACGCUGGGGAUGCUCAUCCAUCGCAAACGCUUCCCUCUGCACCCAAGACCUUUCAAAGUCCCUCUGGUCGUGGCUGUAACUUUUACAUUGGUUUGUUUCUUCAUCGUGAUACUGUCGCUCUACUCCGACCCCUUCAACACGGGCUGCAGUCUUGCCCUCACACUGACCGGCAUCCCAGUUUACUACAUCACCAUCUACAGGCCGUCUUGUAUACCUAAUAAAUGCAAACAUCUCUUCAACUACUGCAGCAGACAGCUUCAGAUCCUGUUGGAGGUGGCUCAACAAGAGGUGAAGACCUACUGAAGGGGACAGACAACAGUGGCUGUCGUUGAUGUUCUUUGUUCUUAGGAAUUUAUGCAUUUAAAAGAAAUUAUUAGACAAAAAAAUCUGCCAAGUCAAGAUUCUACAUCAGAGGAUUCCUAAGUUUGAAGCAUAUCUCUCCAGAGGGGGGCGCCAAAGGACAUUAGAGAAGGACCAAAAUGAGGCAGGUGUGGCGUACGUAAACUAGCAAACUUACCUCCAGAGAACUGGAUGGAUUUGUUCCUGGUACAGUGAGAAAAUGGGGACUCUACACUGUAUGACAAUGGCUAGUUAAAGCAUUGGUUCCCAGAACGGGGGGCGGACCCCUCCUAGAGGGCAGCAAGGCAAAUUAAACUUUAUUUUCCUUUUUGUUUAAUGAGAAUAGAAAUUAUUGCAAUUAGGUCACUUGACUCCUGAGUUAGUUAAAUAAAAAAGGCAAAUUAUCAUUCAUAAAGCACAGAAUGCUUUUGUUCCUUUUUGCAACAUGAAAACGCAAAUAAUACUUAAUACAUCAAUUGUUUAUGAUGUAUGCAAUGGGGUGUGAAGAAAAAAAGGUAGAGAAAUUGCGUUUGAAGUCAAAUGAUGACAGUUUUAUUGUAAAGUCAUUCAAACAAGAGCAAAGCUGUUUUCAAGGCUGUUUGAUAAAAUUCAUAAAUGUACAAUCAACAAAAAAAAACUCUCCUACUGUUAAAAAGUGCUCUGAAGAUGGAUCUGACUAAAGAGCACGACCGCGAGAGUCAGAGACGAAACACGAAGUUCAAAAAUAAAUCUACACAAACAGUCCUGUCGCUGGUUGUACUUGUAGUUUGGUGUUGGUUAACCACUACUUUUUUUUUAUCUUAUUGCUAACAAUCCUACAUUCAAAUCUAACAGCUGACCGACCCACAAAUCUGGAACACAGCACGUCAACACUGGUAAAAGCUAAACAAAUAUAUAUAUAUUAAAUUGUGCAAAUCAACAUACAUAAACAUUUAAACACAUUUCUCCCCAACAGAGUCAGUUCCUUCAAACCUACUGACACGACUGGUAGGAAGCUUUAAAAUGACAUCGGAAAUCAUUUCCAACCCGCACUAAAAAUCUAUGGCAUAAAUACUAGGAGAAGACGAGUGAGGCAGGAAGUACAGGAAGCUUUUCCAACCAGGUCAUUACAAUUAAAGUGUGCUUGGUAAAAAAAAAAAAAAAA